CUCCCGGCGUCCUUUGCGCGGAGGCCAGUCCUUUCCCCGGUCGGCCGCUGUUGCCGUCGCCUUCGCCGCUGUCAUGGCUGCCUACAGCAAGCUCCUCACGGCCCGAGCCACCACUAUGGCCGGCGCUGCUGCCGCGGCCUACGCGGUGCUCUGCCUCCUCAACAAGAGGCGGAGGGCGGCCGCCUUGCUACAUAGAAAGAAAAGUGGGGAAACCUUGCCAGGCAAUGAGAAAGAAGUCAAAAAAGAGCGAGCUGUAGUAGACAGAGUAUUUUUUGCAAGAAUUUGUCAGAUCCUGAAAGUUAUGGUCCCCAGAACAUUUUGUAAAGAGACAGGUUAUUUGGUACUUAUUGCCAUGAUGUUGAUACUUCGCACAUAUUGUGACAUUUGGAUGAUUCAGAAUGGAACAGUUAUUGAGAGUGCAAUCGUAAGCAGGGAUCUGUCGCUAUUCAAGAAAUUCUUUAUUAAAUUUGUAGUUUCCAUUCCACUGAUUUCCCUGGUGAACAACUUCUUGAAGUAUGGGCUAAAUGAACUUAAGUUGUGCUUCCGAGUGCGACUAACCAAGUACCUUUAUGAGCAGUAUCUUCAGACUUUCACUUACUACAAAAUGGGGAAUCUAGACAACAGAAUAGGCAAUCCUGAUCAGCUGCUUACACAAGAUGUAGAAAAGUUUUGUAACAGUGUAGUAGACCUAUAUUCCAACCUAAGCAAGCCAUUUUUGGAUAUUGUUUUGUAUAUCUUCAAGCUAACAAGUGCAAUAGGAGCUCAGGGGCCUGCUUCCAUGAUGGCCUAUUUGAUUUUUUCAGGCUUUUUCCUCACCCGCUUAAGAAGACCCAUUGGCAAAAUGACUAUCACGGAGCAAAAAUAUGAAGGAGAGUACAGAUUUGUCAAUUCACGGCUCAUUACGAACAGUGAAGAAAUUGCUUUUUAUAAUGGAAAUCAGAGGGAAAAACAGACAAUUCACAAAGCUUUCCGCAAACUGGUCGAGCACUUGCAUAAUUUCAUCUUGUUCCGGUUUACUAUGGGCUUUAUAGACACUAUUAUUGCCAAAUAUCUUGCCACUGUAGUUGGCUACCUGGUUGUUAGCCGCCCAUUCUUGAAUUUAUCUCAUCCACGCCAUCAAAACAGUUCACAUGCAGAACUAUUGGAGGAUUACUACCAAAGUGGAAGGAUGUUGCUGAGAAUGUCUCAAGCUCUUGGCAGGAUAGUUCUAGCAGGUCGUGAGAUGACACGAUUGGCUGGUUUCACAGCUCGAAUUACAGAAUUAAUGCAAGUUCUGAAAGAGUUAAACAGUGGCAAAUACCAGCGAACUAUGCUAACACAAGACAAGGAUGUAGAUCAAGAGCCAGUUAUCCCAUUGAUUCCUGGAUCUGGACGAAUUGUUAUAAAAGAUAACAUUAUCAAGUUUGACCAUGUCCCAUUGGCGACACCCAACGGUGAUAUCUUGAUAAAAGAUCUCAACUUUGAGGUACGAUCUGGUGCAAAUGUUCUGAUUUGUGGACCAAAUGGAUGUGGAAAGAGUUCCCUCUUCCGUGUCCUUGGUGAGUUAUGGCCUCUAUUUGGUGGCUGUCUGACAAAACCUGAGAGAGGAAAGCUAUUUUAUGUUCCUCAGAGGCCAUAUAUGACUCUUGGAACUCUCAGAGACCAAGUCAUCUAUCCAGAUACGCUAGAAGAACAGAAAAGGAAAGGGAUAUCUGACCAGGUGCUAAAGGAAUAUUUAGACAAUGUCCAACUGGGUCAGAUCCUGGAACGCGAAGGAGGCUGGGAUAGUGUUCAGGAUUGGAUGGACGUUCUCAGUGGAGGGGAAAAACAGAGAAUGGCAAUGGCCAGACUGUUUUACCACAAACCCCAGUUUGCCAUUUUGGAUGAAUGUACUAGUGCCGUUAGUGUUGAUGUAGAAGGCUAUAUCUACAGCCACUGUCGGAAAGUUGGUAUCACUCUCUUCACGGUAUCUCACAGAAAAUCCCUUUGGAAACACCAUGAUUUUUAUCUUCACAUGGAUGGAAGAGGAAAUUACGAAUUCAAGAAAAUCACUGAAGACACAGUUGAAUUUGGUUCUUAAACACCCCCACCAAUCUACAGCUUCUCCCAGUAACUGAUAACAGCACAGGGCAUAGAAAGACAGAGUGCACUGUAAUGUAACAAAGCUACUUGACUUACUCUUUAACUCAGUUACUAGGGGUAGGGUAAUAGGACGUCUGAAAGAUGCUCUCUGUGCAUUUACAUUUAUGUAGGAAAUUACUAAUUUGUGUAUAUGUUGGUUUAAUUAUUACUGUGUACUAAGAAUGUCCUUAUUUUUGUGGUUUUUAAAAAGAAAACCUGCCUGAAUUAAAUUGGGCUUAAAUCACUAUAAAGUUGAUUCAUCCUGGGAUGUAAACAUUCUGGAGUCAAUUCAUUUGACUUCGUGAUGUCUUGCACUUCCUCUGGGGAAGAACACGUAUUAAUGUUAGGACUGCUACCUCUUCUGGGCCAAGCACAGCAGGCUUGAUUAUCUGUUUCACAUCCUGGUGUGGCAACUGUGAUCAAUAUCAUUAUUCUUUUCUGGGUGAUUUUAGUCUCUUUCGCUGCAGAAUUGCACAAGGCAGUGAGUAUUUUCCUUCUUUCAAAGUUGUGGUAAGACUGCCUAAAACUGGACUGGUUUUAGGGAAGGGGAGAGCUCCAAGCCUAACUACAAAAGAGAUGAAUUCCUACCAUUAAACAUCUGUUCUCUUUUCUAUAGCCUUCCACUGUUUUUUCAGUUCAAUUCUUCCAUUCCGCCCAUCAAGAACCAUAAAAACUCUUUAAAAAGCAAAGGGGUCUGCACUUCAAAAUAGAGAAGAUGGACUUUAGGAGGGGUCUGCCCUGUUUGAAACUGAUUAUGUACAUUCUAAAUAAAAUGCCAUGGGCAACUACUAUAUAGGAAUUCUGAUUUCAAAACCAAAAAUCAGAUCUGAUUUUUUUGGUACUUAAGUUAUUUUAUUUAUCUCCUAAUAAAAAUUGCUCCAUUCUGAUAAGCACCAACCCCAGAAGAUAUUUGCAACCUUAUACCUGUUGGCAAUGACCAAAUGGAGCAAGAUAGUUUUAAAAGUAUUGAUUUUCAAGUAUACGAUCUGAAGAAAGGCUUCUCGGCCUUUUGGCUAAGAUCAAGUGUAGUAGAUUUUCAAGUAGAAGCAGAUAUAACCACCCCAGUGAUGAUAUGGGAUCAUUGCCAAAUUAGUAUCCCAGAUGGGACUCGGGGGAGCAACUGUUGGUUAACCUGGACUAAGCUGCCAUAAUAAUUCUUAAAAGCACUUCAGCCCAACAAAGGCCUGGGCACAUGAUUUCGUCCCUAUACUAUAAAAAUGCACUACAUGAAGGCAUGUAUUACAUAUGCAAAUAAAUGUGGUCUGUCUUUUUUUUCUUUUGCUGCAAAAUUGGUUUAAAUUGUGAGUUAUUACUCAGUCCUGGAUUGUCUCACUUUAGACAGGACUCUUAUAAAAUCUACAAAUAACUAAUUCUGUUCAUGAACUGCUCACAAGAUAAUAAUUAUGUAAAGUGUUUUUAUAAAUGGCAUGAAAUUUUUAGACGUAAUCAACAGAGAGCUAUAAGAGGAUACAUUAACAGUAACACUAAUGUUGGAGUUUUUGUCACUUCACAUUUUUCAUAUUUAAUAUGGCAAUCAGGUAUUUUUCUGUACCUGUUUUUUAAGCAAUUUUAAAAAUUGAUUCUUGAGAUUGCUUGUGCCAGCCAACAUAUGCUACAGUGGAUUAAUACACCAGGACCAUAUAACGAAAGCAGAUUGUAAUCAGCUGUCUCACAGAGAUUGGCUGGCAUAGUACAUAUAGAUGAGUCAAUGAACUGAUUUUAGAAUUAGUUGCUGCUCUGAUGUAAAAAAAAGGUUUCUGUGCUUCCCAGAAACAUCUCUUUUCCUAUUUAAUCCUUUUCUUUUAAAUUAACUCUUCUGUAGUGGCUGUUCUAGAGAGACUGGCUUUCUCGGACACAAAGUGUUUUUAAGAAACUGCUAUAAUUUUUUUAGAGUGGAAAGUGCUGCUUUUUAAAUAUUUGUAUUCUUUUUCAGAAGAGUCUGCACUAAAAUUGAGUAGUAGUAGACUUGAAGUUUUUUAAAGAACGUAUUUUUGUCACUAACUGGAAUGCACUUCUUAUUUAUAUAGCAUCUUUUGCAGAAAGCAUUGCAGUUCAUGACUGGUUUAUAAGAACGACAGUAGAAACUGUGUUAACUUUGCCUGUCGAGUAGCACAGAUUAACUUCUGUAGCCAAUGGAACUAGUCUGUUGAAUACAGCCGUGGAUAAGAAGCCAAGAGAUAUCCAGAAAAUGCCUGUCCUUGAUAAUAUCCCAUGUUCCCAUAGCCAUAUUUCCACCAAUAGUGAAUCAAAAACACCUUCCCAGAAGGCAUGUUCGAAGGCCACAUUACAUGGAGCAGUAUUCAAGGGAAGUGGCAUUUUAAGAUUACGUUUUUUCCUAGCUGUCUUGAAAAAUGAUCCAGAAACAUAGUUUAGCUCUUAAUUUGUGCUAUGAUCUUGUAUGCUGAUUGCUACUUGUAUGAUUGCUUAAAGCUGGAAGUUUUGGCAUGAUGGGAAAAUCAGCAAGAGUGAUUCAUAUUCCCAUGUUGCAUACAGAAUUUUGGCCUGGUGGUAUUUGCAACCUCCAGGGAUCAUAGAUAGCUCCCAUUUCAAAGGGAAUGGAUUGUUUGUACUAUAGACAAUAAUACUUUGCUGCUUGUAAGGCACUUUGGGAGGAAAGGCGCUAUAUAAAUGUAAAUUUUGUCUAUAUAAGUGCCUCUGGAAUAAUAAAUCUGAGAUAAACCAUCUAGCUUUUUAAAAUUAGUGUCAAGGGUUUACAAAACCCUACAGAUAGUUGCCAUAUCAAUUAGGACUGGUCUGUUGUUCAUAUUUUAAAAGGCUACCUUCAGGUAAAAAGACAAACUGACUUAUUUUCAUGUAACUAAAGAAGUAGAGUGAAUCAUUUUUAAUUACCUAUGAAUUAUACAUUAAGCACAAAAUUAAACAUUUUUACUCAUCUGA